ACUUUACAGGCGAUCAUUGUUACCAAAGUGAAAAACAACCGCCGCCACUCUGAGGUGGGCGCUCGCUGCCGCUUGCCCCGAAGAGGACUCAGCCAUGCCUCCUGCGGCCCGCACCUGGCCCCUCCGUGCGGCCCUCCUCGGCGCCCUGCUUUGCGGGCACGGCGUAGUCCUGAGCCAGGCAGGGGGAUGCAAAGCCCUGGAGUCGUGCGACAAGUGCAUUGAAGGAGAUGCUGCCCUGAACAUCACUGACUGUGUGUGGAUGCACUGCCGAGAGUCUGAGGAGAAGCCAGGUACUGGGAGUUGUGUGGGGAAGGAAGAGCCAGCCAAGGAGAAGUGUUCCUUUUUCAAUGUCACUACCAUGUGUGAAGCACCCAAAACAACAACCAAGGAACCUCCGCACCCAACCACUAAAGAGCCUCCAAAGCCAUUCACUAAGGAGCCAGAGAUUGUCACACUCGGUACCACGGCCAGCCCUCCACUAACUGGCUCCCCGGAGUUUCGCCCGCCGGGAUUUGACUCUGCCAGCUUCAUUGGAGGAAUCGUCCUGAUACUCAGCAUCCAAGCCAUCCUCUUUUUCGUGGUGAAAUUCCUCAGGUCAAAGGACAGCACCUAUCAGACACUGAUCUGACGGCUGAUCUCCAAGGAGCUGCCUUGAUUCAUUUCUCCUGCACAAGGAGUUGCUGAAGAAGCAGAGGCUGGCAUGGCCGCAUUUGGAGACAGGACUCUCUCUGUAUUCUUCAAAUGGAGUUGCUGAAGCGGAAGAUCUGCUCCAGACCUAAACAGCCCAUUGCCACGGUGGGUGAUGCUUGGCUCAGAUGCUUGGAUCCUUUCAACUUGCUGCAGAAAUGGCAUAUGUACACCUGAGUCCUUAUUACUAGCAAGCUCAAGCUGCAGGGGCCUGUGAGGUUACAAACAUCCACUAAUGAUUGGGGAGUUUUUCUUUCUGUACAAUCUGCUUUAGGUUAAUUUUCCUUAUUCAAAGCCCACAAAGAUCCCCAUUGAUCCUUUUUUCAGUACCUACUGGUCCUACAUAUUUUUUCUUAAACCCUACACUAAAAUGGAAUGUCCAGUGGAAGCUGGAGCUGCUUCACCCCCAACAUAUUGUUUAGCCAAAUCACAUUAAAAGAUCAGUGUCUUCUGCUGAUGUCAAAACACUCGAGUCCUGAUGUCAAUUUCUUGCACAAAUGGCAGGAAGAAGGUCUCCUUCACACUCAUUGUUGCGGGUAAGUUCUACAACCUGGCUUGCUCCAUAGGAGCAUUGUGGCAGAGACGUUGGUUUGUUAACAUUGAAGCCAACUGAUCUUGGACUGCUUUGGAAAUUGCCUGCCUAUCAAAGUAUGGAUCCUUGAAGGAUCCAGUCCUGAGCUGGUGGCCCUCUCCUGUGGAAUCGAAGUGACCACAGAAAAAGAAAGAGACCACUAAAAUAAAAUGAAAUAUUUGUGGAAUGUGCUUUGUGUUUUAUUAUUGAACAGUGUGUGCUUUUAUGCAUUUGAGGAUAAUUUUGAUUAUAGGUACAACAUUGUAAGCCACCCUUCCUUAAUCUAGUGCUUUUGAUGUUUUGGACUCCCAACUCCCAUCAGCCUCGGUCAGCAUAGCCAAUAGUUAGGGAUGAUGGGAGUUGUAGUCCAAAACAUCUGGAGGGCACCAAGUUAGGGAAGGCUGCUGUAAGCUCUGUCAGCUGCUCCUUUAUGACAUAAUUCUGCAGGGAUGUUUGUUUAUUUAAAGUAUUUCUAGGCAGCCAUUCCAGUCAGUGCCAGUCCAAGGCAGUUUACAAAAUAACAAUAAAAAAACCUUAAAGACAUCCACCUCUCUCCCCCCAAAACAUACUCAGCUGGCCAUUCAACCACUUUUCUCUGCACUGCUGAUCCACACUUCAAGGGAGGCAUGAACCAAGCAGCAUCCUGAUUCAGGCAUUGGUGACCUCAAGAGUGGAUUACUGCAAUGCACUCUGUGUGGGGCUUCCCUUGCACUUCACCCAGAAACUGCACUCAGUGCAGAGUGCUUCAGUUUGGGUCCUGACAGGAGUGAGAUGAUGUCAGCAUAUAACACCUCUUCUCAGAGAUCUGCAGUGGCUGCCGAUUUAUUAUCAGGCCAAGUUGUUACUCUUGGUAUAUAAAGCCCUUAACAGCAUGGGACCAGUUUACUUGUGGUAUCACCUUACACCAUAUGUGCCUACUCAACCGCUUCGAACUGGCACUGUUACAGAUGCCACUUAAUAUUUGCUCCACACUGGUAAGAAAUCAUUAUUUCAGUGUAGCAGCACCUAUGGAACUCCCGGCCUAUUGACAGCAGAUAGACGCCUUUGCUGGACUCUUUUCGGUGCUUUUAGGCAUGCCUAUCCAGACACGCAGAUGCUGAUGUGAUUUAAUCUCUUUUUUAGUCUACUGUUGUGUUUAAUAAUUUUUAAAAUGUCUUUAAUUAUUUGUCU